AUGAAUUCAAAAAACAAAGAUGUGUUUAUCAUAAAUAAACCUCAUUUAUGUUAAAUUCAUAACUAAAAACUUGUACUAGUGUGUUCUGACCCGCAAUGUUAAGACAAUGGAUUGAUUUGUAUUGAUUGUUUACUUUAGAACCAUAAAAAUUGCAAAGCUUAUAUUAAGAAAUAUGAUGAGUUUCUGUGGAUAAUGUAGAAUACAAUCGAAAAAGUUCAAAUCUAGAAAGAGAAGGUAUAGAGUAUUAAAAUUCAUAGAGAUUUAAAGAUGCCCAAUCUAUCUUAUUAAGUCUAGGAAAUUUAUAACCAAAAUUUAAUGAACUCAUUUUAACUUUAUAAUUAGUAAUAGAAUAUUUAAAUUUUCAGGAAAUAGAAACGUAUUUAUAGCAAGAGAAUUUUGAGCAUGAUACUAAGAUAAUGAAAAAUUUAUUUUAAGCUGAUUUCGAAGGAGAAAAAGAAUUAAUAAAGGAAUUCAUUUAACUAUAAAAACUAAAGUCUUAACAUGAAAAAGAAUAUCUAUGGGAACUUAAAGGAAGUUAAAUAGUAGAAUGUCUCCAUUAAAUUGUAAAUGAUAUCUACAAUUAAGAGUUUAAAGAAUAAUCAAAAAUUAUGGAUUCCUAAAAAUAUUUAAAAGUAAAGGGAAUAGAUGAUCUAAAAGGAAUAUCUACCUACAUUCCAAAACUUCGAUUAGAAUUGUAAAUUUUAUAAGUAAUACAACUAGAUUAUAAAAUAAUUGGGGAGGUAUAGGAAGUAUUUUUCCAAAAUUUGUGUCUUUAAGUAGCUUGUAAAUUAACGCCAUUAAAUCUCCUCUAAAGGCAUAAAAUUUAGAAGAGAUAAUUAAUGCAAUCUAGUAUUUACCAAGAUUAGAAAAGUUUAAAAUCAAUUUAAUUGGUUCAAAUGCAAAUGAAUAAACUUUAUAAUUAAUUUUAAAAAUUGUCAGCAAUAAAAGUUUGACAGAGUUCGGAAUUUCUUUUGGAUAUAGUUAAAUUUUAUCUGAUGAUUUAAUAAGAUAGAUAAAUUAAUUUAAAGAGUAACUUAGAGGAAUAUCAAGGAUAUAUAUUAGUAAUCAGCUUCAUGAAUUUACAGAAUAAUAAUAAAAAUUGCUCAAAACAUAUUUAAGUUAAAUUGAAUUUUUUGGAUGA